AUGAUUGUUACAACGAUGGGUUCGGUUGUGCAAUUAUUCAUAUUUCGUUGGCAAGCUAUGCUUAUGAAGGACCAUGUACUGCGACUCAACAAGAAAUUGAUUUAUGCUAUAUGCUUUACUUUUUUCAUUCUAUUCAACGGCGCUGUGAUAGCAGCCGGAUAUACCAUGCCGAAUCGUAUCGAGGAACUGAAGCCAAUGUACACUCAGAAUUUCUCCUGCGUGGCCGAAAUGAUCGACCUACGCGGAGUUCAGUACUUCAAGCAGGGUGAUUACCAACGGCUAUUCCUAGUUACUACCGUGGGAGCGUCUAUAGUUGUCACCAUGGCGUUAAUUCUAGUCUACUUGACGUCUCGUUCACUUCAGAACAAGAACGUCUCCCAAAAAACACUCGACAUGCAAAGAAGAUAUCAAAUCUCGCUGAUCUUACAGGUAGUGACUCCUAUUUUCGUUGUGAUUGCGCCUGGCUGUGCAGUUAUGAUGUUUGGAGCGUUCUCAGACAUCUACCUAUCGAUUUCGUUCACCCUCCAUAUACAAGUGAUCACCAACAUUGUGUUGUGUUUAAUCUCGGCCCAUGGGCUAUUUGGCACUAUUAUCAUGAUUCUUGUUAACCAACCGUAUCGACGUUUUGCCACCGAUUGCUUACUCAGAGUGUUCAGCGUAUGUAUGCGUACGAAAUCCAUGGAAUCGGAAAUGCGUCGACGCAGAUCGAGUCAAGUACGAGACGCUCGGCUCUCGUCUUUGACAGGCAACAACUAA